UCAGAGAGGUCUGUGCUUGUAAUACGAACUGAAAAGAUGAGUUCUUCCAUUUACAGUGGGGAGCUAUUUGUUUUGCGAGGAAUUGUCAUUGCCAAUAAGAACAGAGAGUCAGGAGCAGGCGGAAGGUGAAUGCAGGUCCUUGGAACCAGGAAUGCUUCCUUCUGGCUUUGACUAGAAAGCUAAAGAUCUGCGGCUUCCCUCCCAUUGGCCAAUCUGCGUGGGUGUCAAGUUCCACACAUGAUUUAAUGGGUAAGAAGGAGAUGUCAGUGAAAAAAAGGAUCCAGAAUGAUUACUAACCUAUGACUCCCAACAGUAUGACAGAAAAUGGCCUUCCAGCCUGGGACAAACCAAAGCACUGUCCAGACCAAGAGCAAGACUGGAAGCUAGUAGGAAUGUCCGAAGCCUGCCUGCACAGGAAGAGCCACUCCGACAGGCACAGCACACUGAAAAAUGAGCAGGCAUCGCCGCACCUCAUCCCGGCCACUUGGACAAACUCCAUCUUCCAUCUGGACCACGAUGAUGUAAAUGAACAGAGCGUCUCGAGUGCCCAGACCUACCAAACAGAAGAGAAGAAAUGUAAAGGAUACAUCCCCAGCUAUCUAGACAAGGAUGAGCUCUGCGUAGUAUGUGGUGACAAAGCCACCGGGUACCACUAUCGCUGUAUCACAUGUGAAGGCUGCAAGGGUUUCUUUAGAAGAACCAUUCAGAAAAAUCUCCAUCCAUCCUAUUCCUGUAAAUAUGAAGGAAAAUGUGUCAUAGACAAAGUCACACGAAAUCAGUGCCAGGAAUGUCGCUUCAAGAAAUGCAUCUAUGUUGGCAUGGCAACAGAUUUGGUGCUGGAUGACAGCAAGAGGCUGGCCAAGAGGAAGCUGAUUGAGGAGAACCGGGAAAAGAGGCGGCGGGAAGAGCUGCAGAAAUCCAUAGGGCACAAGCCAGAGCCCACAGAUGAGGAAUGGGAGCUCAUCAAAACUGUCACUGAAGCUCACGUGGCCACCAAUGCCCAGGGCAGCCACUGGAAGCAAAAACGGAAAUUCCUGCCAGAAGAUAUUGGACAAGCACCGAUAGUCAACGCCCCAGAAGGUGGCAAGGUCGACUUGGAAGCCUUCAGCCAUUUUACAAAAAUCAUCACACCAGCAAUCACCAGAGUAGUGGAUUUUGCCAAAAAGUUGCCUAUGUUUUGUGAGCUGCCAUGUGAAGACCAGAUAAUCCUCCUCAAAGGCUGCUGCAUGGAGAUCAUGUCCCUUCGAGCUGCUGUGCGAUAUGACCCAGAAAGUGAGACUUUAACCUUGAAUGGGGAAAUGGCAGUGACACGGGGCCAACUGAAAAAUGGGGGUCUUGGGGUUGUGUCAGACGCCAUCUUUGACCUGGGCAUGUCUCUGUCGUCUUUCAACCUGGAUGACACGGAAGUAGCCCUCCUUCAGGCUGUCUUGCUAAUGUCUUCAGAUCGCCCAGGGCUUGCCUGUGUUGAGAGAAUAGAGAAAUACCAAGAUAGUUUCCUGCUGGCUUUUGAACACUAUAUCAAUUACCGAAAACAUCACGUGACACACUUUUGGCCAAAACUCCUGAUGAAGGUGACGGACCUGAGGAUGAUCGGAGCCUGCCACGCCAGCCGCUUCCUGCACAUGAAGGUGGAAUGCCCCACAGAACUCUUCCCCCCUUUGUUCUUGGAAGUGUUUGAGGAUUAGACUGACUGGAUUCAUUCUCAUAAUUCCUACAGCACUACUGGGUGUCAUUUCAUUCCAUUGCCUAGCUCUUUAUUGUUCGUUUCUUUGUCUCUUUGUGUUGGGAAGGCUCGUUUGGGGGUAAAGGGAGGUGUCCUUGGCAAAGACAUGGAUGAAAUUGCCCCUCGAAUGUGGGUACUUGUAACUAUUGCAUUUCGUCCUCUGGUCCUUUGAUGUGAAUGCUUUGAAGGGUUUUGCAGUUGCGGAGGUGGGGUGAGGGACAAUCAUUAUUUCACCAGCAUCAAGCCAUCACCAGCUCCCACCUGUCCCUGGUCAAGACUCGAGCAAGCCAGAAGGCACACAAAAGACUAAGGAAGCCUUACAGCCAAGAUAAUACAGUCAUCUUGAUCCAAUCUGAUUUGUUCAGGGCUCAAGUUAGCAAAGCACAGACCACCUUUGGCAAGACAUAGUUUUCAGCUUUUGGGGGAAAGAUUCAAACAAAUUUUCAUCUAGUUAUCUGUAUUUAGCCCUCAUUCUCUCCUAGCAGGUUCACUUGGAAUGUGCAGGAAUAUUUGUGCCCUAACAAAUCAGCUAUCCAUUCAAUAUCAUUUUUGUGACUUUUUUAUUUAAUUCUAGUUAUACAAACACAACUGAAAGAUGUGCAGGUAUAUGACUGACUGAGGCUACAAGGAAAAUAAUUUUCUUGAGUCAGCCCAAAGAAAUUAGAUUCAACAGUGUUAGUGACUGCAGUUUGCAAAAAUUCAUAUAGUAUUACCUCGGGGUAAAAAGGCUUCUUUACAGUUUUGGCCCACAGAAACAUUCCCACCGAAAUCAAACCUAUUUACAGGGUGUCAUCACUUUUCAAUGGCAUCUGAUCUGUCAUCUCCAAGCUCCUGAACUUAUUUCUCCUGACUGCAUCUUUGCUGAGCUGACAAGAGAUUUCCCUACGGAUCAUAUCUUCUAAUCGAGGAGAGAGAAACAAGCUGAAAUUUGAGUCUUAUUUGGAGGAACUGUGAAGCAAGAUUAGUGUGGUUUCACUCUCAGUUGAAACACAGUAUUUGUGUACUGAUUGCUUGAGGAUGCUUUCGUCUGGUCUUAGAUCCUCAAGUUCUUUGCUUGAUUCACAUAUACUUUCUGGUUCCCCUUUCCCUCUGACUCUGAGGCACUACAUAGCUUGACUUUCUCUAACCACCACCAAUCCCACCACUGAUCCUCCUGUCCUCUCUCCAGCUUUACCCUGAGUCACUCAGCAGAAAACCUCUGCAGUCCACGUUAGGGAACACACUCUUGCCUUCACUGCCCAACCCAUCAUCCUACUGCCCUACCAACCAAGAUGGAGUAACUGUCCCGGAAAAUCAGUGGUGACACCUCAGCACUUCAGCAUCAGAAAAUGGGCAAGAAAUGUGCCCAUGCAAUUGAAUGUACCUCAUUCCUCACUGGCAUGGUAGAUGUAAACUAUUCCUUUGCCUGCCUUUUACUGCCUUAUCCUAAAAAUAUUGGGGAAGAUAAGCCAUAUCACUGAGAUUUACCUAAAAACAAAAGAAGGAAAGUCACUGUGAAAACCAAGUUGACUAAUUUCAUUUUAGGUUUGGGGAGCACAAUUGGCCUAGAAGUCAGGGCACCUUGGUUCCAGUGUGUACUCUGUUGGCUGGUACAUUCAGAACCUUGAACCUUGGUUUUCUUAUGUGAUAAGCAAAUCAAGAUCUCCAAAAUCCGUCUCACCCUCCACAUUGUGUGAACUGGAGGGAAGGGUGAGUUCUUUGGGGGUGGUUUCUUUCACAUUCAAAUUUCUAGCUUUAUUACAAAUAUAGCCCAUGAGCAGUUAAGGAACGUAUACCUGACACUGAUUCAAAAUAAAAACUGUAUACAAUACUAGUCAACCAUUCAGAGAAAGCACUGUGCCCUUGGGAAAAGGAGGGGAAUAGCAUUCAAAAUACCAAAAAUGAUUGACAAUAGUUGAGGUGGGGGGGGUGAUGUUCUAAAGCGGUUUUACUGGCUUCUAGGGAAAGGAAACAAUAUUGCUAUGGAACACUAUUAAUGACAGAGAGGAAGUGGGUGAAGAGUAUAAAAGUAUGACCAUGAAAUUCCUAAGCAUCUCACCUGCUUGGCACUGUCUACAGACAGCUGUUCUGGAUUUUGUCUUUUCCACACAGCCCCCAGCUGGUCUCCUUACUUACCUGCUGUUAGCACCUUAGCCCCUCUGCUGACUCACCUCCAAAGAUAAACACUUGGCCAUCUCUAGCUCAAGGGGAUUUGAGGAGUUUGUUGUGUGGGGCAAAGGAGUGAGAGGAAGACAUGCAGGUUGGGUGCUGGACAGGCUCACAGAUGCAGGGGUGUCCAGCUCUCCAGGGAGUGUCCUUAUUUUGUGUCAUGGAUUCCCCAGAACAAACUCCAGUAUCAGUGCAGAGCCCACCCCCAAGCUCAGAACACUUUGCGGGAUUGACCACAACUGGGCAUUGGCCGUAUGGUGACGUAUUUAUGGCCAUCAGGCCCUCCCCAGGCAAAGGAAUGUUUGAUCCUCACCUCCUUAAAUGAUUGCCUUACCUAGGCAAAGCCCCGUCCUAGAAGUGUGUUGAAGGCUGAACACCUUAUGCUGAUAGAAGUCAGUUUCUGGUUCAAAGGAAAAGCUUUAAGGACUCAAAGAUUGGUGCCCCUGGUGAUGACAGCAACUAACCUCAUUCCGCGCAAAACUGACGGGGGUGCUUAGUGUAUCUCAAGACCCCAUCUCAUAAAACGUAACUGUAAGGAUUUGCUCCUGAUUUUCUUUUUAAACCUUUUUUCUUAUACUGUCCAGACAUCUAAAUCAUGUGAAUGUGAACCUGAAAGUUUUCCCUCCUGCCCCACCCGUGGGGAGGCACUCCAGUAGAGAACACACCCACACCACUGGGGUCCUUAUUUAUAACUGUCCUCCUCCAGAAUCGGAAGGGGUGGGCACACACCAUGCACUCUUCUGUACCUAUCUGUGUGUACUCUGCUCAUCGGUUUAGACGUGCAGUUCUCCAGAAACAGUGAAAACGGUGAGAGAUUUCCUUCUCUAUGAGUCUGCCCAAAACACUACGUGCCGCCUCAGAGCCUCUUCCAGUCCCGUGAGCUUCCGUCCUCAGUGACGCUGGACGUGUUAAUGCUCAGCCCAGCCACGCCCUCAUUUGUGUCCGGAUGGAGACCGCCUCAGCCUGCAGUGCAAGCAUCGGGAGGAAUGCCAGGCCCGGCUCUGCUCCAGCAACGCCAUUCUCCGUCCUAGCUGCUCCUUGCAAACAGGUGUACAAGCCUUGAUCUCCCAACACUAAGCACCCCCGUCCCGACGCAGCCUCCUUGGAACUGCUGAGGACCCGCAGAGCAUGUCACUGUCGGUGAUGCAUUUUUAUUCUAGGGAACUCUAACCCAUCCGUGUCAUAUUGACCUUUUGCUGCAUGAGUCCUAAAUUAUGAAGUCGGUCAUGGUUUUUGAGAUGUAGCCAGCGUUUAUAAGGCUAAACCUUUUUCAUGAACUUUUUAAGUGACUAACCAAGCCACAGUCCUCCUCAAAAGGAGAGUAAUGACAGAUAUUUAAAUCCCUGUGCCCUCUCCAACGGCCAUGGCAUCAGGUUCUAAAAUAAGCUCGUAAUUUUUCCUGUUAUUUUAAUAAUAUGGAAAUAUUAGCAUAGUGUUUCUUUUGAUAGUGAUAUACUGUAAUCCAUAUUUAAAUUUUAUAGAGAAAUUUUAUUGUACUGUGAUGUAGAUAUUUAUUAUCCAGGUAAGGAUUUGCCCAGUGUGUAUUUUUUACAAUGAAACAUUUUACUUUAAUCUUUAAAAAAAAAUACAUUAAAAUACAUACACAAAAAAAAACAGACUAGGGAGAAAAAAAAAAGGUUUGGCCUUAUCACAGAAAUUUUACUGUGCUGUAUAAAUGUUUGCAAAUGCAAAAAGUGUGCAUUUCUAGUGUGUUUCACAUUAAUUAAUGCCGCCUUCAAGAGCAAUAUCAUGCAGGUAAAACGCUGUUUGUGGCUUUCUGUUGCACAGUUAAAGCUGACCCACCUUUAUGCACAAGACAAUCAAAUAUCAGUCUGUCCUCAGGAUGCAGAUAGUGCUCAUGUAAAUCAUGGAGCACAGUGUGAGACAGAAGACAUUUUACACAGGCGUUGAUAUGGAUGAUCAGGGCAUGAAUCAGCUGAUGUGACUUUCUACCAUUUCUUUCUUUUGGUUCUUCCUUAUGGACUUGACAUCUUUAAUUUGCUAAGAGCCAAAUUAGUUCUCCAUGCUUUCCACAGAGAAAACACUUUUCUUUCAUUCUAUACUAUUUUCAUGCCCUGAAGACUGGAAAAAUGCUACAGAAUUGAAGAUUUACAGUCAUUGGAAGAUUUAUGUUUUGCAAACAGUGUUGUGAUAUUGCUACAUUGGUAAUAUUUUUUUCAGCCUAAAACUCUGUUGAAAUCUGUGAUCAAAAUGUUUUAAACUAUCCAAAAAGAAAAUUUGUAUAUUUGGGAAAAAUGAAUUUUUACAUAGCUUUUGUAUGCAGAUAUCAAAUUGUAAUUAUGAAUAUAGUGGGCGUAGAUAAACUCAUAAGC